UUUGUUUCUUCUUUUGUUAGAUUAUUACAAGGUUUUAAUUCUUAAUUAGAGUAACAUAAUAUUUGUAUUAAUUUCUUAAUUUAUCCUCUUUAUAUUAUUAUUGAUUCUUAAUAUUCUUCUUCUUAUUAUUAUUUUUUACAACUACUAUAAUAGUAUAAUUGCAGUUCUUCUAGUUUUGUUUGCAAUUUGCAUGCACACCACGCUUUCUCUCUCCUCUCAUUCUUCUCCCCUUACCCUCUUUGCUGUUACUUCUUUCAUUUUUGAUUUAUCUCUCCAAAAAUUUCAUCUUUUUGUUCAUCAUAAACUAUAUUGGAUCUUUAUUUAAGUUGUUGUUCUUCAAAUUAAUGACCCAGAUUUACUUCAAUCUCAUAAAAGUUAUAAUCUUGAUUUUGGGUGAAGAUGAUUGCUCAACUUUGACUCUACUUGAAUGGGACAGUGAAGAGUAAAAACUCCGAUUUAUACGAUUAAUUCUUCGUUUUUUGGGGUUUAAUUUUAAUGGGGUCAAGAACUUGCAUGAACACGUCUUGUGGGGCGAAGGCUACAGUCCAAUGGAAGAAAGGAUGGGAAUUGAAAUCUGGUGAAAUUGCCGAUCUGUGCUUUAAAUGCGGAUCUGCCUACGAGAAUCUGGUGUACUGUGAUACAUUCCAUGCAGAGGAGACUGGCUGGAGAGAAUGUAGUUUGUGCAACAAGCGGCUACACUGUGGUUGCAGUGCAUCCGUAACAGUGAUUGAGAUUCAGGAUUUUGGUGGUGUCUGGUGUAUUAGCUGUGCAACGAGUGCUGGUUGUCAUCCGACCAAGAGAGAUGGAAGCUUUAGUGAUGCUCAAACAUCAGGGAAAUACAGUAUUGCUGGUGAUGUGCAGAAGUCUCAGCUUAAUAGUAAGCUGGAAACUAAUGCAAUUGGUAACGUGAAUCUUUUGAGUAUGGGCAACGUCAUCGAGACUAAUGUUCCCCGAUAUUUGCCUCAAUCCCCCCAUGAUCUCAUGAAUGGAUCUUUUGGGCCAAUCAAACCAGACGCCAAGAGCUCCUCAAUUGGUGUUGGUGGCUUGGGUUUUGCUAAUAUAUCUCACUCAGUCAGUGGACCAGCUCUUCAUGCUCAACCAAAUGAAGAUAAACCAAACACAGGAGUGAAGGAUGUGCAAGAACCACAAAUGCCAUCGCUGAAUAUAAGCUUGCGUUCGCCUUCAGAGACACCAAAUUUUGGCCUCAGUUUCUCUGGUGGAGUUGAGGAAGGAGAAAAUAGCCGGUCAACCGGCCUCUUUCAGUCAGGACAAAGGCCUCGACAGAUUUUGCCCAAGCCUCCAAAAAAUAACCUUGCUAAAGUUUCUGAUACAAAUAAAGGCUCAUUUUCUCCUAUGCGGGUCGCAAGGCCUCCUGCUGAAGGGCGGUUACGGAACCAAUUGCUUCCACGUUACUGGCCUAGAAUUACAGACCAAGAGUUGCAGAAGCUAUCUGGAGACUUGAAAACUACAAUAGUGCCACUUUUUGAGAAGAUUCUGAGUGCCAGUGAUGCUAGUCGUAUUGGUCGCUUGGUUCUUCCAAAAGCUUGUGCCGAGGCAUAUUUUCCUACCAUCAAUCAAUCAGAAGGUCUGCCCUUGAAAAUUCAAGACAUAAAAGGGAACGAAUGGACAUUUCAGUUCAGAUUUUGGCCAAACAAUAACAGUAGGAUGUAUGUUUUGGAAGGUGUAACCCCUUGCAUACAGUCCAUGCAAUUACAAGCCGGCGAUACUGUUACAUUUAGCAGGAUAGAUCCGGGAGGCAAACUUGUCAUCGGUUACCGUAAGGCAUCAAAUGCUCUUGAGUCACAGGAUCCCCAAACAUCAUCAGCAAAUCCUAAUGGUGCUGCUUCUGGAGAUAGCUGCUAUCCUGAUGCCACUGACAGCGUGUCUGCUAGAAAUGGUCAUUGUGGUCUACAAUCAAUGGCAGGUGCCAAAGAUAGUGAACUAAGUGCUCUCCCUGAACAGUCAAAUUUGGUGAAUGGGAGCACUGUUUGGGGAAAGAGUGAAAAGCUGAAGGGGAAGGGGAGAGAGGAUGUGGUGGAGCAACCUAAGCUGCCAUCCGAUAAGAAGAGGAUGCGUAAUAUUAAAAGCAAGAGGUUGCUAAUGCAUAACGAUGACGCGAUGGAGCUUAGACUUACAUGGGAAGAGACACAGGACCUUCUUCGUCCACCACCAAAUGUCAAACCAAACAUCAUCAUGGUUGAGGAUUUUGAAUUUGAAGAAUAUAGUGAGCCUCCUGUUGUUGGAAAGAGGACAUUCUUUACCACUCAACUUUCUGGGGGGCAAGAACAAUGGGCUCAGUGUGAUAAUUGUUUAAAAUGGAGGAAGCUGCCCGCAGAUGUUCUCCUGCCAUCGAAAUGGACAUGUUCAGAGAACAUCUGGGACUCAAGCAGGUCUUCAUGUUCUUCACAAGAGGAGACGAGUCCCAAAGAGCUUGACAACGUGUUCAAAGGAAGCAAAGAUUCUAAGAAGAGAAAAGUCGCAGAAAGCCCUGAGCAAGGAUGUGAGCCUUCUGGACUAGAUGCUCUGGCUACAGCUGCAACCCUGGGGGACCAUGAAGAACCAUCAGCUGGAGCCACUACGAGGCAUCCUAGACACCGUCCUGGAUGCACUUGUAUUGUGUGCAUUCAACCCCCGAGCGGGAAAGGAAAACACAAGCCUUCAUGUGUAUGUAAUGUGUGCUUAACAGUGAAACGCCGGUUCAAAACAUUAAUGAUGCGCAAGAAGAAGCGUCAAUGUGAACGUGAAGCUGAAAUGGCACAACAAAAGAGCAAUACAGAGCACCAAAUCAAAGGAUCACACCAAGUCAUUAAGAAGACAUCUCCAAAUGACAUAAUGUCAGAUAAAAAAGAUUAUGUGGAGAAUGAAAAAGUUCAGGAAAAAUCUCAACCGGAAGAAGGCGAGAGCAGCAGCAAGGGUCACAUAGAUUUGAAUGCCCACCCUAUCCGUGAAGACGAUUCAAAUGUAGAUGCUCAACCAAGUAUGGGCAUAAUGGCUCUUGCUCAAGCAGCUAGUGCUCCGUUAGAUAAUAUGUACAUGAAACCCAAUGGGCUAUCGAAUCUUUUGUCCAAGCAGCCGAUGGACACUGAUACUUGCUUGCUGCAAAAAGCCUGUGAUUAUGUUGACAGAUGUUUAUUACCCAAGGAUGAGCAUCAUUCAUCAGUCGUCAACGAUCAGGAGCAGAGCAAGGCUGAUGGCGAGGCUUCGAAGAAGCCAACUUUAGAUUAGCAAAGUAACUACUCAACUUUGGUAUGUAAAUUCAUCAGCUUUGGUUCUUAAGAAGCAGUGUAUACAUGUAUCUUAUCUUUUUACUUUUUUUUUGGCGUCGUGCCGUCGUGCCUCCAUCCACAAUGUGGAACGUUUUAUAUCACAUCAUAGAGUUAGUGAAGUCAUUGCAACGGAGAGUCCCUUUUUUGGCCUGUGUUUGUGUUUGAUAAGAGUUUGGACAUGUUUUAUGAGCCAACUCUGUAGUUUUUGUCAUUGUGUGUUUCAAAUAUUGUAUUAUAUAGGAAUACUGGUGCAGAAAUCAGAAUAUUUCAAAUGUUGAUCAAUUGUAAGAAAUAACCAUGAACUAUGAUUCAGCAAAAAAAUAAUGUCAUCUGCUAUGCUGUUAUGUUAGUA